UCUUCAGAGGAGGGGCAGUAAUAGUGGGGGGCGGGUCCCAGGAGGAUGAGAUACACUGGAGGGGGCUGUGGGUGCUGCAGUAGGAGGGGCGCCCCCUAUCUCUGUGUCAGUAUGGGGUCCAUAGGGGCCCCCCUCCGGCUCCUCCUGCUGCUCCUCCCUUUCUGCACCGCUCCGCACCCCGCGGCCCGGACACACGCCGGGGUCGACGAAUGUGCGCUGGGAAUUGAUGACUGCCACAUUGACGCAAUAUGCCAGGACACCCCCACCGCUUACAAGUGUAUUUGCAAAACUGGAUUUAAAGGGGAAGGCACAGCGUGUGAAGACAUUGAUGAAUGUGAUAACGAGUACAAUGGAGACUGCGUCCACGAGUGCACCAACAUUCCCGGAAAUUACCGCUGCACUUGCUAUGACGGCUUCCAGUUGGCGCACGAUGGACAUAAUUGUUUCGAUGUGGACGAGUGUCUGUCUAACAACGGUGGCUGCCAGCAGACCUGCGUCAACACCUUGGGAAGUUACCAGUGUCGCUGCAAUGACGGCUUCUUCCUGAGCGAUAACCAGCACACAUGUAUACAUCGCUCGGAAGAUGGGCUCAGCUGUAUGAACAAGGAGCAUGGCUGCGCUCACAUAUGCAGAGACAUCCCAAGAGGCGGUGUAGCGUGUGACUGCAGACCGGGAUUCGAGCUGGCAAAGAACCAGCGGGAUUGUAUAUUGACCUGUAACCACGGAAACGGAGGAUGUCAACACAUGUGCAAUGAAACCGACGUCGGCCCUGUUUGCGUAUGUCACCCAAAGUACACCGUGCACACGGACGGCAAGGCCUGCGACGAGAAAGAGGAAGCUGACAGCAAUUCUACGUCAGUGGCCGAGAUGGACAAGAGGGUGAAGCGCAGACUGGUGAUGGAAACCUGCGCUGUAAAUAACGGAGGGUGCGACCGCACAUGCCGGGACACAUCGACGGGCGUACGUUGCAGCUGCCCUGUCGGAUUUACGUUGCAGUUCGAUGGGAAGACGUGCAAAGAUGUUGACGAAUGCCAGAGCAACAGUGGCGGAUGUGACCAUUUUUGCAGGAACACCGUGGGGAGUUUCGAUUGCAGCUGCGGAGCCGGGUAUAAGUUACUGACAGACGAGAGGUCCUGUCAAGAUGUUGACGAAUGCUCCUUUGAACGCACCUGUGACCACACCUGCAUUAAUUACCCAGGAUCCUUUGCCUGCACAUGUGACAAGGGUUACACACUGUACGGAGUCACACAUUGUGGAGACAUCAAUGAAUGUAGCAUCAACAACGGGGGCUGUGAACACGCUUGUGUGAAUACAGUGGGGGACUACUACUGCCAGUGUCCCCCCCGCUACAAAUUGCAUUGGAACCGCAAGGACUGUGUGGAGGUAGAAAGAUCCAUCUCUGACUCCGAGCCCCCGAAAGCCUUUCUGCAAUGCAUUAAGAAUGGUGGAACUGAGCGGUGUUUCAUAAAUUGCCAGUCUCGUGUGUACUCCAUUCCUGGGCUGCAAGAUUCCUAUACUGUCACCUGCGGAAAAACGAAACGCCUCAGAGGCAACGAAACGCUCAGCUCAGAACUUUCCACAGUCAGGACGAGCAUCGCGUUUAAGAUGAACGACGGCAUUUGCCGAAUGAAGAGGACAGAUCUCUACCAGGGUCUCACCCAGCCCAGAUUAUCAGAGAAACAAACGCUUCUACAUGAAAGCUUCUCCUUCGUAAAUAUCACGUGUAAGAAGGGGCAGAGCGGGCGCAAGGCAUCGGCGAGGGAGACCUUUGUAACCGCCCAGUUUGAGCUGGAAGCCAACCAGAAGGAGGUGACAGAGUCGUGCAGCUUCAGCUGCGUGCGGAGGAAAGCGGAGAAGCGUCUGCGCAAGACAAUCCGGACUCUGCGGAAGGCAAUUAGCAAGGAACAUUUUCACGUCCGUCUGUCAGGAAAGGACUUUGAGGUGGCCAGGAAAACUCCCAGGACGCCGGAGCUGCAGGAUUCAUGUGGAACCGGACAAGUACGUGUGGACAGCCGAUGUGUCAGCUGUCACGCUGGAACUUACUACGACGGGGAAAAGGAGCAGUGUGUUUUAUGCCCAAACGGAACCUACCAAAAUGAGGAAGGGCAGAUAAUCUGUGAAAUUUGCCCCGAUUCCGAGACACGAGACAAUCAAAAGCUUGCAGGCGCCCGAGACAUAUCUGAGUGUGGAGGCUUGUGCCUGUCAGGUGAAUUCUCCUCAGACGGGUUUCGGCCAUGUGAGGCAUGUCCUCUUGGCACUUACCAGCCAGAACCUGGGAGGACAUCUUGUUUUUCCUGUGGCGGAGGUCUCACAACCAGACACAAUGGCGCCACCUCAUUCCGUGACUGUGAAACUAAAGUUCAGUGCUCCCCUGGACACUUGUACAACACCACGACUCACAGAUGUAUCCGGUGUGUGGUGGGAACUUACCAGCCAGAGUUUGGCCGCAGUUUCUGCAUCUCCUGCCCAGGAAACACCAGCACCGACUUUGACGGCUCCACUAAUAUAACACAGUGUAAAAACCGGCAGUGCGGGGGAGAGCUUGGUGACUUUACCGGGUACAUAGAAUCUCCGAAUUAUCCAGGGAAUUACCCCGCAAACACAGAAUGCACAUGGAACAUAACCCCGCCCCAAAAGAGGCGGAUCCUCAUCGUGGUGCCAGAAAUCUUUCUGCCGAUAGAAGAUGAAUGUGGAGAUUAUCUGGUUAUGAGGAAAAGUUCUUCGGCCAAUUCUGUGACAACUUAUGAGACAUGUCAGACCUAUGAGCGCCCUAUCGCCUUCACAUCACGCUCUAAAAAGCUCUGGAUACAGUUCCGAUCUAACGAAGGGAACAGCGCCAAAGGUUUCCAAGUACCUUACGUCACAUACGACGAAGAUUACCAGGAACUAAUCGAGGAUAUCGUCAGAGAUGGGAGAUUGUACGCAUCGGAAAAUCACCAGGAAAUUCUAAAGGACAAGAAGCUGAUAAAGGCCCUGUUUGACGUACUUGCGCAUCCACAAAACUAUUUCAAGUACACCGCGCAGGAGUCCAGAGAAAUGUUCCCCAAGUCCUUCCUCAGACUUCUGCGCGCCAAGGUGUCCAGGUUCCUGCGACCUUACAAAUAAAGGUCCCAUCUCUAUCGUAUGCAGGAGACAUUAUAACAUGGUCUGACCUGACAGCGCCCGUACCUUUACCCUCAUGCCGCGUACUUCCACCCCGUCUCCGCUGAAAAAGCCGAGCGCCAGUCACAAAACCGGAUUACUGUCUUACAGUGAAGAUUUGAAGGGAAAUUUUAUUUUUUUACAAAAAUAUUUCAGUCAUUACGAACCAAAAUCUUCAUCAGCCUAGCUUCAAAAUGUAAUUACAAUUACUGUACUCAAAGUGCAAUUGUUCUACAUUUUAUAUAGAUAUAUAUAUAUAUAUAAAAAUUUAGAUUGGCCAGGUCGUGGUCACAUGAUCACUAAAUGCGAGUGACUGGAGAGAUACUGUGCAUGGACUUUACCACAUGACUAACAUCUGAAAUGAGAAGUUUUGUGCCUCCGAGCCUCCACUGGCGACUUCAGAGAUCUCAUACUUGUUAACAGUCUUCUAAAGCACUAAGAGACGGAGUAAUAUUCCUGACAGGAUUCUAUCCAUCCACACAAACAGUAUUACCAAAACUCUUAUUUAUUACAUAAUUCAUUCAUGUGGACGACCCUUCACCUCCCAUAUUCUGGUCAGGUACCGGCACACGCUAAGGCAAACUCUCGUCCACUGGGGACACUUCCGCCAUUACUAUAAAAACCUGAGACAACUCCUCUUGCCGUACGUUCGGAUUAUUGUUUGCGGUAAAAGAAAAAUACGUUAGUUGUGAUGAGUCCUUCCUCGAGUGGUCGGAUCCUAGCGUCAAGAUGAGAAUGUAAGGUGGAGGACGAAACAACUGCUGUUCUAUACAUAACCCAUAUUCAAACAUUACGCAGGAGUCUUUAGGAAAUGGGAUGACAAAUUCCAUGCAAGUGAAUGGGCAUAAUAUUCUGUGUUGAGUAUUGUUAAGACGAUGAGAGCUCCCAUGGGCUUACUGGCAGCCUACUGACGCUGGUUACCAAAAGAGAAACAAGUAAAUCCUUGUGCUCCUCAGAACCACUUGGUCACUCGCAAUAAUAAUGUGCCGGCAGUAAGAAGGUCUCUUCGCCAGCACAUAUGGACCACGGGGUCUGCCAUAUUGGCCAGGAUGGCUUUCAGGGCACAGAACCUUCUGUACAGCAAAACUUAGAACCAAUCUGUGCUUUAUUCCCUAUGGUCGGUGGAGACCAUUCCUACUACACAGUGCUGGAAAGGUUUGGGAGUGUGGACAAAGAUUUAACAGGGAACUUAAAACAAUUUGACAGUGAAACGGCAGAUGGAGCCGCCGUGAAGACGAGAAUACGUAACUGUGCUGUAAAUGUUGUACAGAUUUUUUAUGCACUACAAAAAAAUAAACCAUCUAUACUCUUUACAAGAGUACGGACAGCCGUAGGAUUAUAGUAUUAGUUUUCUUCAACAUUUAUGGGGAAAUUAAGAGAAUAUUUUUUUCGUUUUGUGGACUAUUAAAAGCGCUUAUUCACAAGAA